AUGCGUCGCAAGUUAUGGCUGCUAUCAGCGCCUGUCGCGCUCUUCCUCUUGCUGGCGCUAGGUCUAUAUCUCGACGGCGACCAGCUCCGCCGCAUUCCAUUGCCUUCAUUCACGGGUGCAGGUUCUAUUGCGACAACAAAUCACACCCAAGAAGCUGGCGAAAGCACACAUGAUGCUGGCGAAAACACCCACGACUCUGGCAACACCACUCAGGAAGCUGGCAACUUCAUCCAACAUGCUAGCGACAUCACCAACUCCAGCAAAUCGUUUAAUGAAGAUGUUAUCAAAGACGGCAUCAUAUUACCAGCGUCUAAUAUCACAUCCUACAUUGACGCCAUCAUGGACAACCAAGCGCAUAACCUUGCGCGACUUCAGUGCCCAGAUUUGAACUCGACACGCUACAGUGACCUGAAGGCAAUCGACGAGGGCACAUCAAUCGAGUAUUUCUUUGCACUGGACCUCCGCCAGUGUUUGACACUCCUGCCGACCCUACUAGGCAGCAUCCUCGAGGCAAUGCGCUUCCUUGGCCCGAGGCGAUGCGCGCUAUCCAUCGUUGAAGGUCACUCCCCAGAUGGUACCUAUGAUGUCCUUACCGCCAUGAAACGAAAUAUCGAAGAACUUGGUGCUAGUUACUUCUUUCAGCCGUCCGCCAUAGACCCCUCAAAGGGCGAUCGCAUCCAGAAGCUUGCCGAGCUUCGCAACUUGGCCCUUCGGCCCUUGAUUGACCACGCCGACCGAGUCACGGACACGACCACUGCCCUCUUCCUCAACGACAUCGCUAUCUGUGCCGAGGACAUUCUCGAACUGCUCUUCCAGCGCACUGCUUUGGGCGCGAAAAUGACUUGCGCGAUGGAUUGGACGUACGUCGGCCAAGACCCAACCUUUUACGACGUUUGGGUUGCGCGUGGUAUCAACGGCGACUCGUUCUUCGAGAUCCCGCCGGACGGGAACUGGAAUUCGGCCUGGAAUCUCUUUUGGAAUGCCGAAGAGACCCAGGCGCGAUUCUACGGGAACCGUCCCUUCCAAGCGUUUUCAUGCUGGAACGGUGCCGUCACGUUCGCCGCCAGCAUACUUACCAAAGAGGGCUUGCGUUUCCGCAGAGCAAACAAAGAGAAGAAGGAGUGCGAACAGGGGGAACCACAGCUGUUUUGCAAGGAUAUGUGGUUCCACGGCCUAGGGAAGAUUGCCGUGAUACCCACUGUGAAUCUGGAGUAUUCGGUGGAAAAGGGUGAGAAGAUAAAGAAAGCCAAGGGCUUUGUGUCGGAUCAUGUCAUGAGGCAGGACCUUGACGGCGAUAAAUUCGAGUGGGCUGUUGAGCCACCUGCAAAGGUGAAGUGUACACCAACUUGGGAUCAUCAGUUCUGGAAAGCAUGGAACGAAACCCUUUCAAAAAGGAAAUGA